CGAACCGGGGAAUUAAUAAAAGUGAAAUUCCCCCGCGCACACACAAACACAGAAACAACCGUUCAACAAAGUGUUCCAUGUCGUCCAUCAAUAGUGCAGUGCAAGUAGAUUGCAAUAACGACGACGAUAUCCUCCAGCAAACGACCGGAGAAUAACGACCAGCGAGGAUGUUGCUCACAUUGUACCGCCAGCCAUAAAAAUCCAUCAUCCACUUUUACCGGAUUCGUCGCCUUCGUCCUUCGGCGCCGCUUCCCCCUUCACCUCCUAGUGUGCGCUGGUGGAGCUGGUGGGAACGGCAAGGAUUCCGCCGUCGACAACAAGUGAACAUACUUUAUCGAUACACCAGCUACAACUACCCCCAUUGAUGACACUCGGCAGUUAUCGUUGCCAUCAAUAUCGUGUGCAAUAACGGCGCCGGCAAGGACUCUGAAGACGACACCGCUGACGACGACGACAACGGAAACUUCGAAUGAUGAAUGCCGGCAGCUUCUGGGGAACGUUCGAUCUGUUGCUGGGUCGGGAGGCGCAGAAAUACGGCGGCCAGGAUGCCCUCAAGGUUGGAACGUGGAUGUCGGCGUACGCCGGGGUGCGAAAGAUUGGGCACGGUGACGACAGCAUCGGCAGCAGCGGUGCUUUCGGCUCGACGGGCAGUGAUUUCACAUCGCUCGCUACCUCCAGCAGUGGUGCUGCCACCAGCGGUGGUACCGGCUCACUGAACUUUCCAUCAAUUUACCACCAAUCGGCCGCCGCCGCCGCCGCCGGGGGAAAUCAGCUGAUUGGAUCCGAUCCGAACACGGGCGAUGGAGCAGGGGGACCCGGUGCCGGUGGGCGAGGGGACGGCGGAAGAGGCAAGGGGCGGAAAAAGCUGCGGCUGCUCAAACCGAAGCUUAAACAGCUGUAUGACAUGGAAGUGCUGCCAGUGGAAUACAUGGGACCAAAGAUUGAGUAUACUGUGAACCUCCCACGAGUGACCGCCCAGUUGGAGAAGCUGAUGGGAACCAAUGUGGUACGCCUCACGGACCGGAAGUAUAUGCAGGAGCUGCAGCGCCGCAUCCAGCAGGAUUACAAUGUCACCCUGGAGAAAAGGAUCCACGAGCGUGAGUAUGAAGAGCUCGAGCGGCAGAAGUACCUGAUUCUGAACGGACAAUACAGCCUGCGCAACUGUCCCCGGCCGCUGAUCCCGCUGCAUAGUGUCGUACUGGCGAAGGAGCUCGAACGGGAACGCAACCUUAUCCUUUCCGGUGCCGGGGACUCCAUCCCGGAGGACAUGAGCAGCUCGGUUUUCUCCGUCAACAAGAAAACCAACCAACACAUCUGCAACAAACGCGAAAAGCUUAAAACCAUCCGCGAGAAAAAUGCCGAACGAUUGAUUAAGCAGGGUCUCCGAUGGGAGCGGGAACGCCUGCAGAUGGAGGACUACAACCGUCAGAAGGAAAUCGAACGCAAGUCCCGGCGGGAGGCGCUGCUCGAAAAGGAAAAGCUCUACAUGAUAGAGGACAACGAGCGGGCGCUCAAUUUGCUACGAAUGAAAACCAAAAAGGGUCCCUGUCGAGAUAUGGAUUUGCGCUCGCUGUUGAUGCAACAGCGGGAGGAGCUGGGCGAGAAGAUUCAGCAACGGGACUUCGAUCUAAACGACGACAAACGGAUGGAUUCCGAUCGGAGCAAGGAGAAGAAGCGCCGCCGCAAGAAGCAACCGACCAAGAAGGGAGCGGAUACGCAACUUUCCUCGCCGGAAGAGGGCUACAGUUCGAUGAACCCACCGGAGCAGGCCAGCGACUUGGAAACAUCGAUUAUGAUCAAGAUUGACAAGGACAGCAAGGACUCCGGCGAUGAUACGGAUGCGCUGGACGAUGUCAGCACUGUUGAGGUCUCGGAGGGGGCAGGUGGAUCGGAAGCGGAAGACGCCGAUGCCAGUGAAGCUGUAGAUCCGGCGGAAGUGGCCGAAGCGGAAGCUAUGAAGGAAGAAAUGAGCAAGGCUUUGGAGAAGAAGAAGGUUAAAGCUCGCAAUGAGGAUCCCAAAAUUACCAGAUUGAAGGAAGCGGAUACCGUCAACGAAAUCUACAGCAUUGCUGAUGAGAUUAUUAUUUUGGAAAAGAAGAAGGGCAAGAAAGGUUUCGGAAUGAAGUAAAGAAGUGUGAAUCGUUGCAGUUGAAAGGGCUUUGAAAAAAUCUAGUCCGAUUUAUGUGCUCGGCGAGCGCAUGUAAAAUUGAUUGUGAUAACGAGUGACCCAACGUAGAUUAGUUGUUUGUAGCAAAUAUAUCAUGUUGAAUAAUU